UGUCCUGUCGCAGUGCCCCUGAUUCCGCAAGAGGAGCAAUGAGCUACUGUUUUGAUAACGUUUACGGUAGCACCGGCUAUCGCAAGGUGUUCAGCGACUCUCAGCGCAAUGUCUCGAGGUCGUCCGGAUCCAUUGCCUCCAGUGGGUUCCACUCUCAGGUAUGGUCGCGAGGCUCCACAUCCUCCUACCGCCGCGGAGGCGUGGGGGGCUACAGCCAGAUCUCUUCCACCGACAGCCUAGAAUCAUUUAAUGGAGACGUAAAAUCCCGAAAUGAGAAAGAAAUGCUGCAAGCCCUCAACGACCGCUUCGCCAGUUACAUUGACAAGGUGAGGCACCUCGAGCUCCAGAAUAAGAAUCUCGAGGAAGAAGCAGUGGCACUGAGGCAAAGUCAAGCCGGUCGGUCGGCUAUUGGAGAGCUAUAUGAACGGGAGAUUGGGGACCUGCGGAGCAUGGUAUUGCAGCUGAGCAACGAGAAAACUCAAGUUAUGUUAGAGCAGGAGCAUAUCGAGGAAGACGCUCAGCACUUGAAGCAAAGAUUGGACGACGAGGCCCGGAACAGGGAGGAAUUGGAAGCAGCAAUCCGAACCAUGACCAAGUAUACUGAUGAUGCCGGUCUAGCCCGCCUGGAGCUAGAUAAGAAGCUUCAGUCGCUUACGGAGGAGGCUGCAUUUCUCAAGAAAAACCACGAGGAGGAGGUCGCAGACCUCCUGUGUCAGACCCAGGGACCCCAGAGGCAAUUUGAGGUCAGGGAUGCAUUGAAAGCAGAUGUCACCAGUGCACUGCGAGAGAUCCGAGCCCAGCUGGAUGGCCAUGCCUCCAAGAGCGCAAUGCAGGCUGAAGAAUGGUUUAAAGUGCGCGUGGACAAGUUGUCAGAGGCAUCACGCUUCAACACUGAUGCCAUCCGAAGUGCACAGGAUGAGAUUGGGGAGUACCGUCGGCAACUACAGUCUCGCACCAUUGAAUUGGAGACACUGAAGGGGACCAGGGAUUCACUAGAGAGGCAACGGUGUGAGAUUGAGGACCGCCACCAUGGUGAUGUCUCUUCACUACAGGAAACCAUCUGCCAACUGGACAAUGAGCUAAAGAACAUAAAGUGGGAGAUGGCUAGCCAGCUGAGGGACUAUCAGGACCUCCUGAAUGUGAAAAUGGCCCUGGAUAUUGAGAUUGCUGCAUAUAGGAAACUGCUCGAGGGUGAGGAGACCAGGUUUACUUCCAGCCUCGGCCCAUACUCUUACAUAGACAGCACCCCCAAGAUCUCUCAUAUUAAAAUCAAAGCAGAUGAGAUUUCUGACGCUGUCAUUCUUGAGGAACAGACAGACGAAACCCAAGUAACAGAGGAGGUAACGGAAAAUGGAGAGGCAGGAACGAAGGAGGAAGAUGAGGAGGAGGGUGAGGAAGAAAAGGAGGAAGAUAAAGAGGAGGAGAAAGAGACCAAAUUGGAAGUAGAGGAAGAUGAAGAUGUAGUGGAGGCUGAUAAGGAGGGGGAAGAGAAAAAUGGAGGAGAGGAAAUAGAGGAAGAGCCUGAGGCAGAUGCUAAGUCUUUGGGUGGAGAGGAACAGGCAGACAAGCCCAAGCAACCUGGAAAGAAAGCUGCUUCCCCAGAUUCUAAGUCACCUGCUAAGUCACCACAACCAAAAUCACCUAGAGUCAAGUCCCCCGAGACCAAAUCUCCAGCGAAAACUCCACAACCAAAAUCACCGGAAUCCAAAUCCCCUCCAACAAAGUCUCCAACUGUAAAAUCACCUGAAUCCAAAUCCCCUCCAACAAAGUCUCCAACUGUAAAAUCCCCUGAGCCAAAAUCCCCAGUAAAGAAACCUGCUGAAGCAAAACCCUUUACUGUAAAAUCACCCACACCAAAAUCUCCAGCAGAUAAAUCCCCUGAAUCCAAGUCUCCUGCAGGAAAAUCACCACAGUCCAAGUCCCCAGGACACACAACACCAGAGUCCAAAUCACCCACCCCCAAAUCCCCAGUCAAAAAAUCUUCAGAAUCACUUGGAGAUGACAAGUUCCCUGUGGAGGACAAACCCAAGCCAGCUACUGCAAAGGAUGCUGCUAAGCCAGAAAAGGAAAGUAAACCUAAGGAGCAGUCACAGCCUUCCAAGGAGGACAAAGACAAGGAGCCAGAAGCGAAGUUAGAAGAGAAGCCUGAAAUUAAGACAAAGGAGAAGGUAGAGGAAAAGACAGAAAAAGAGGAUGACAAGAAGGAUAGCAAGACAGAAGAUUCCCUCAAGAAGGCUGAGACUCCCAAAGUCCCCUCCAAGCCUGCAGAAGAGAAGCCCUCACCUAAGGCCACGUCAGAAAAAGAGCAUGUCCCUACUAAAAAGGAGGAGGAGAAGCCUGCCCCUCCUAAGCCAGAAGAGAAGGGAGCUAAGACAACUGAAAAGCCCAAAGCUGAGGUGAAGCCAGCUGAGAAGGAUGUCUCUGAGCAAAAGUUAGAGACUGAGAAAGAAAAGAAACCUGAGCCUAAGAAGGAGGUGCAGCCUGAAGUGGAAGUAAAGAAGGAGAAGGAGGCUCCAAAAGCAGCCACAAAGGAAACCUCUGACUCCAAGACCGAGAAAGUUGAGAAGUCAUCCAGCACAGACACCAAGGAAGCCAAGAUCACAGAUGAGAAAUCCAAGAAGUGAAGCAUACAGUAAUGGUUACUGGUAGGGUGAGGUUUAGAGGGAGUAAGCACCAAAGAACACUUGGAGAGGGAAGGAGAACAAGUGACCUAAGUAGCCUUUCAAAUUAGGUGGCCAAAGCAAACAAAUGAGCAAAGUACGCAAGCAAUAGUGUUUCUUUUGCAUAUAAAUGGUGACAAACAAAACAUGAUCACUCCUAUAUAGGAUUAUAAUGAAUGCAGAAUGCUUUUUCUGAAGACUGCCCUAACUAUCAAGUGCAUUUAACAAACAUUCAACUGGCUGAAAACAUAAUAAACUGUAUCACAAAAAAUGUUAGACAAAACAAAACUGAUAUAAUGAAUAUACUGCAUUUACAAAUGUACAAAAGGGCAAGGAAUUGAAAUAAUCUUCUUGUUGUGCACAUUAUACAUGUUGGUCUUCAAGCAAUGAUGCAUUUCCUGUCUGUAGUCUGUGAUGAAUGUUGCUUGAGCAAUGUAUACACUGCAGAGAUUGAGCAAUAAAAAUCAACAAAAAAAUAUA